AUGUCCAAGAAGGAGGUCUUGUUGCAGCGAACAUGGCUGCUGCACUGGUCGCUCUUCCCCAUCUUCACAGCUGAGAAAGUGGAGGUCAAGUUGCUGGACUUCUUCUUGAAUGAGAAGAGCUUGUCCUGCAUCUCACUCUCUUGCCCGCACCUCUUCCGCUACGUGGCCGCCUGCCUCAUUCUGCAGAAGCGCCUGAAGCACCUCAUGAAGGACACUGUCUGGAUCAUUCAGCACGAAAACGCGGUUUACAGCGAUCCUGUGACGCGCUUCCUGAUGGCCCUGUACGUGGACAUGGACUUCGAUGAGGCCCAGCACGAGCUGCAGAAAUGCGAGAAAGUGUGCAAAGUGGACUAUUUCUUGAUGCGGCACUGGCAAGACUUCCAGGAGAACGCUCGGCUGCUUAUCUUCGAGACCUACUGCAGGAUCCACCAGUGCAUCAACAUUGGUAUGAUCGCAUCGAAGCUCAACAUGGAAGCGGAGGAGGCUGAGGUUUGGAUUGUGAAGCUAAUCCAGAACGCCAAGCUGGACGCCCGGAUUGACUCCGAGAAGUGUCGUGUGGUGAUGUCCAAAGCACCUCCCAGCGUCUACCAGCAGGUCAUCGAGAAGACCAAGAACCUGUCCUUCAGAAGUACAAUGUGUCCCGGUUGA